CUUCCAAACCACACUUUUUAUAUCACUGAUUUUAUGAUCUCCCUCGUCUAUAGCCACUACCACUAUCUCUCUUCUUAUAUCAUCAAUUUGGGAACCAAACGUUUCUUUUGAACAAAAUAGUUCUCGCCCAGUUUAUUGCAUCAACAAUGUCUAUCUUCUUACCUCGACAUCGCUUUGGGCCCUUGAACAUUCGCCCGAAUCGCAUCAAGCCCGACCGGUUGCCGUUCACUUUGUCCGCCCGCAGCUCGACCGCCACAACACCAAACCUCUCAACCGACAAAGCGACCCCACUUGAUAGUGUGAAAACGUUGAAGGAUGACCAGAGCUUGAGAUCAACAUGGUCUCACCGUGCAUGGGUGGCAUGUGGGUGCACCACCGUGCUGAUUUCUCUAGCCGAAGCCGUUUCCGGUGGAGCCAGUUCACAUGUCUGGGUUGAGCCGGUUUUGGCCGGAUAUAUCGGUUACGUGAUGGCAGACCUGGGCUCUGGGGCCUACCACUGGGCAAUAGACAACUACGGCUCAACAGAAACUCCUUUAUUUGGAAACCAGAUAGAAGCAUUUCAAGGGCAUCAUAAAUGGCCACGGACAAUCACAAGACGCGAGUUCGCCAACAACCUGCAAGCCCUGUCAAGGGCAGUGACCUACACUGUCCUACCCAUGGACAUCCUGCUCUAUAACGACCACCCGAUUCUCCAUGUCUUUGUUCGGGUUGGUUCGGGUUGUGUUAUGUUUAGCCAGCAGUUCCACGCAUGGGCUCACGGAACAAAGAGUGAGCUCCCACCCUUAGUGGUGGCUCUCCAGGAUGCCGGAAUCCUCGUUUCCCGUUCGCAGCAUGGGGCCCACCACAGGCCGCCGUAUAACAGGAAUUACUGCAUUGUUAGUGGAGUCUGGAAUGAACUUUUGGAUGAGUGGAAUGUGUUUGAGGCAUUAGAACUGGUUUUGUUCUUCAAGCUUGGAGUUGAACCGCGGUCCUGGAGUGAGCCUAAUUCCGAAUGGACACAACAAGAGUAGGGAAUCCUUGGAUAUUAAGCAGUUUCUAUUAUACUCCGUAUUUAAUCAUGUGCCUUAAAAGCAGUUGGUACACAUUGCAAGAAUUAUGAAUCAAGAUUCAAGAACUGUAUUUCUUUCAUAGAACAAUAAAUAUUCCAGCAUUAC